GAGAGGCGACGGGACGGCGACUGGGCCAGUCAGUUGCUCUUUGGCGGCCGCCGGUGUAACGCGGUUUCUUGCCGCGUCGUGGUGACUCUUAUACACGUGUUUCCUUUUGCGGUGGAUUCCGUGUGAACAUUUCGUCUUUUUACGGUGAGGAGAGAGAUCUCUUGGAUAACUGAAAUUGAAGGUCGAUCACUUCCCUACCAUAGUGAUAAGUUAUAUUUACAAAAUUGUGAUAAACAUCAUUUGAUCCAACUUUGAACGAAGUUGGAAGUUUUUUUUUUUUAAACCAAACUUGUUACUUCCUGAAAAGAAAUUUAUUUCUGAAAAGCCAUUUUGACUUCAGAAAUACUGAAUCACUGGAUAUAUACAUAAACUGAAAUGACUUCAUGGUUACUCGUGCCAAACUACUACUACAAUUUAGUGUUUGUGAAGAUGGGUAGCAGAGUUGACUUCAUCUUAAAUUUAUAUCUUCUGCUCGCUAUUUGCCAAAUAGGUGGGUCCGGCGCUGAUGGAGGAGGCCCAGGACUCACUGUGACGCCUCCUUCUCAUGUAGUGUUUUCUUCAGAGACUGGAGUGGUAGUGGGCUGCGUGGCAGAGGGCUCUCCGCCCCCCAUGAUCACGUGGGUUACGCGAGAAGGACGCCCCCUCCCUAAUUACUCCCCAUACAUCGACAUUCUGGCUAAUGGGUCUCUUGUGCUCAAGCCAUUUCAACCCGACAGAUACAGGGCCGAUGUCCAUGCCGCUACGGUGAGAUGUCGAGCCUCCAACACGCACGGCACUGUCAUAUCUCCACCAGUAACUCUUCAAGCAGUUGUUUGGCAAGAAUUCACCAUCCGAGGAGAGAGCGGGCGAGCAGUUUUGGGUGGGUCUGUGCUGCUGAAAUGCCUCCUUCCUGCCCAUUUGUCCAAAGUGGUCACGCCGACGGCAUGGGAAAUGCCCACCCAUACCAUCUAUCCUACUUCCACACCAGAAGGUCGAUAUCUGAUGGUGGGCACCGACGGAGACCUACUGGUUCGAGGGGUGACUCAGGAAGACGCCUUCACCGAAUUCAAGUGUCGUGUCAGAGAUCAGGUGAACGGCGGACGGGAGAUGAUCUCUAGGGAGCCAGCCAAGAUCAUAGUCCUCGAACACGGCGAACCCUCCAGGCCUUCCAUUAUGGACCAGCAACGUUCUGUUACCGUUCCUGAAGGAUCGUCUCUGGUGCUGCCCUGCAUAGCCACUGGAACUCCAACGCCCACUGUCAGAUGGAAUAAUUAUAUUGGCACUGAAUUCCGAAACAGUUUGGGAGGCCACAUGAUGGGUCACCUGAGUAAUCCUCACUCGUCAGGUCCUGCCGUGGGAUCCGAUGUCCUGGUCAUCGAAAGCGCGCAGUCCUCUGACGGCAGGAGUUACACCUGUACUGCUAACAACUCCAUAGGAGCUGAUCAGGUCACCGUCGAGGUAGUGGUGGAACCUCGCCUGACAGUCGCCGUGACGCCUCCCGAGGUGACGGUUAACCUCGCGGGCACGGCGACCUUCUCUUGCAGAGUUUCAGAUCCUGCAGCUGCUGUGUCUUGGUACUACAAUGGGUCCCCCAUCAAUGGCAAUGGCCGUAUAGUGGCAGCAGGAGGUCAGCUCAUCAUAACGAGUGUGACCCGAGAUGACCCCGGGAUGUAUCAGUGCCAGGCCUCUAGGUCAACCAGGGCUGCCCAGCAGGCGUCUCAGCUGAUCCUGGCAGAUUCCAAACCGGUCCUGCAAUACAGGUUUAUAGAGCAGACCAUCCAACCGGGCCCUUUUUUCAGUGUCCCCUAAAGUUGCUCCUGCGUUAAAAAAGCCGAAUCCCCCCCCCCAACGCCCUCCAUCACGUGGACGCUGGAUGGGUUGCCCAUCCCGCAAUCGGACAGGGUUGUUGUGGGAAUGCAAGAGGGGAGCCGAGGGGAAGUGGUGGGACACGUCAACAUCUCCCACACAAGAGCUGAAGACGGAGGCAGAUAUCAGUGCACAGCCUCCAACGUCGCUGGCUCCGUUUAUCAUAGAGCGAGGCUUAACAUUUACGGCCUUCCUGUGGGACGCCCCUUGGCCACUGUGACGGCUGUAGCAGGACAACCGCUCGAGUUGAGCUGCCCUGUGGCUGGUUAUCCUUUCCACUCAUUUACUUGGAGUAAAGAUGGGGAGACCAUGGACGAGAGUAUGGGGCUCAGAGUCGACGCCGAUGGGACGCUGAUCAUGGAGCGGGUGAGGCAUUCGACUGACGCCGGGGUAUACACCUGUACAGCCUCCACCAAGCAAGGUCGGGCAACCACCGGCUCAGCUCAGGUCUCUGUCUUGGUACCCCCCCGUAUAGAUCCUUUCUCGUUCAACGACGGUUUAUCGGAGGGCAUGCGAACUCAGGUGAUGUGUGGGGUCAGCCAAGGGGACCCGCCCCUGACCAUAGAAUGGCUGAAGGAUGGGCGCUCCCUCACUAUAACCAGGCCACCUAAUAUUCAGGCGAGAGCCUACGACGGUUUUUCAAGUGUCCUGGUCGUAAGUUCCUUGACUGCAGGACACUCGGGCCGAUACACUUGCCAGGUCCGAAAUGCGGCAGCCGUCGAGAGCUACACAGCCACGCUCACCGUGUCCGCACCUCCUGCAUGGGUACUGGAGCCUAGAGACAGUCACGUGAUCCGAGGACAGUCUCUCGUAGUCGACUGCGCUGCCAGAGGAUACCCAGAACCCUCUCUCACCUGGAAGAAGAAAGUUGGCAGUGGAUCCGAUGCCUACAGAAGCAUUGAGAUGGCGAGGCCGAGGGCAGAGCAGCUCUCCAAUGGGUCCUUGUAUAUCGCAAGAGCAGAGCCGGAACAUACUGGUACCUACGCCUGCCAUGCAUCUAAUUCGGUGAACCAUAUCUCAUCGACCAUCAGCGUUCUGGUUAAUUCUGCGCCAUACUUCCUCGGAGGGACAAGUUCGGAGGAAGUUCGUGCUGGGGAGACGGCCGUCCUCGAGUGCAAGGUGAAAGGAGAUACUCCUCUAACACUCAGCUGGACCUUCCGAGGAGCGCCUCUUCAUAGCACUUCCAGAUAUACUGAAAACGAAAAGGUUGACCCAGAUGGAUCAUUGGUCGGGAAGAUCGAAAUCUUAUCCGCCUCCCAGCCAGAUGCCGGCGAUUACACCUGCACUGCCCACAACGACUUCGGGAGGAAUUCCCGUAUCAUCACGCUCAGCGUCCAUGAGCCUCCUUCGCCCCCACGAGGACUUCAAGUCGUGUGGAGGGGCUCAAGAUCCGUCAGGGUAUCGUGGGCAGUCCCCGAACCUUCUCCCUCCUCGUACGUCCUUCAGUACCGCGAGGCUUCCGAGGGCUGGAGCGAAUCCCGCGAACUGACUAUCCAGGCGUUGGCUUUCGCACCCUCAGGAGGAAUCGAAAUCUCGCCUCUCAUCCCCGCCGCCAGCUACGUCGUUAGGGUGUCCGCCGUCAACCACCUUGGAAGGUCGCCCGCAUCGGAGGACCUCCGAUUCACAACUUCGCCCGAGAAGCCAGGGGCGGCGCCCGUAGACGUCCGUGCAGAAUCCACCGGGCCUCGCGAGAUGAAGGUGUCGUGGAGGCCUCCGCCCAGAUCUCGAGCUCAUGGGACCAUACUAGGAUUCUACCUGGGCUAUGCCCCGGCUCUCCUGCACUCAAGCUCAUCAGGAAGCCCUCAGUACAAUUUUACAACCAUAGAAGAGUCUCAAGGCUUAAGCGCCCCCGAGGAAGGCUUGAGAUCUGACGGAGAAGUCAUAAGAGCCGGAACAUAUCCGGCAGGCGUCAUGAAAGGGGUCGGGGGCGCCCUUGGGGGAAAUGCUGUGGGGGAGGCGGAAAGACUGUGGAUCGUGAGGGUCAGAGGCCUUCAGCCUUACACCGACUACCACGUGGUGGUCCAGGCCUUCAACAGCGAGGGCUCAGGUCCUCUUAGCGCUCCAGUGGCCGUCACGACCAGGGAGGAAGCACCCGGAGGACCCCCAUUCGAUUGCAGAUGCAUUAGUCUCUCUUGGGAUAGUAUCCAAGUUUCCUGGGGCUCUCCCGAUCACCGUCUUCAUCAUGGAAUCCUGAAAGGAUACAGGCUUGAGUAUGAAAGGUGGGAUGGAUGGAGCGAUACCGUUCAAAAGUCCCAGACAACCUCCAUGACAUCAGUUGUGACAGGACUCGAAGCUGCAACCAACUACAGCAUAAGAGUGAGGGGUUACAACAGUGCCGGCGAUGGCCCUUGGUCGCCUUCGAUUGUCUGCACAACGCAUGAAGACAUACCGGGUCGUGUGUCAGCAAUCAAAGCUGUCGUCUCCGGCCCUUAUUCGUUUGUAGUGUCAUGGUCUCCGCCGUCAAAGCCUAAUGGUCACAUUGUGUCUUACAAAGUCACAUGGAGAGUCGUCGGUGCAAGGCUGGGAGGGGGUCGUGGCACAGAGGGCGUCAGCACAGUGGCUGGCAUAGAGGCAUUUAUUAAGGUGGACAAUGUCCAAGGAAAACUGGUUGAGGUUGAAGUUGUAGCAGCGACUCGUGAAGGCGAGGGUCCUCCCACAGCUGCUCGGGUCACCCUGACCAAAAGUGUCCCAGCUGCCAUUUUCUCUACGUCUUCUGUCAUCAAAGCCAAGAGGGGAGAAGAUGUAACCUUACCCUGUGGUCACGUUGGUGAUCCACAACCAUUGUUGGUGUGGACUUACCAAAAUAAACAAGUUAUUGAGGAGAGACGGAUGGUCAAGAGUGACGGAGGUCUUCUGGUCCAAGAUGUGCAGAGACAAGAUUCAGGCAACUAUACUUGUACUGUUACCAAUAUUCAUGGCUCUGAUCACUUCACCCAAUAUUUGACCGUCUUAGUUCCUCCAUCGGCACCUUUGGUCUUAGCUUCAUCUUCCUCAGAGAGCAGCAUUCAGGUCGAGUGGAAACCUGCUGACGAUGGUGGUUCCCCUGUCGUUGGCUAUUCACUCUACUACAGGAAGGACCAUGGUGCCUGGACUCAGAUUAAUCUCCACCGCCAUACACACUCCCAUGUCCUAACUGGCCUGGAAUGCGGGUCUCGGUACCACCUGUACGUCGUAAGCCACAACGCCGUCGGGGGGAGCCCCAGCAGCAGCACCGCCGUCGUUAGGACUUUGGGAGGUCCUCCUCAGCCACCUCAACCUCAACACUUCUUCUCGUUCAACUCCUCGAGCAUCGCCAUUUUCCCGAAAGCGUGGAGAGCUCAAGGUUGUCCCAUCUCCCACUUGGUGCUGGAGUAUCGUCGACACAACGACCUGCACUGGAUCCAAGUGUCGAGUGGGUGGCCCAAGGAGAAUCGGGUGGAUGUCGGGGGCUUAGAGCCCUCUUCCAGAUACGCCCUCAGAGCGACAGCAGUCACGAGCGCAGGUUCCACGACUCACAGCUAUUCCUUCGCAACGUUGACUGCUUCUGGAGAAGUGUCACCUGUGUGGUCUGAGGACGGGUGGAGGCAGUGGGGGUCGUGGAGGGUACUGCUGCCGCUCUUGACCUCUGUCAUCGCCCUCGCUUCUUCCCUGACCCUCGUCUGCUACUGCCUCAGGAAAAAAAUACCUCCUGGUGGCAGCGGAAAGGAGGCCAGUGAAGACGAAGAGAAGCGCACUUCGACCAGUGACGUUAUGGACAACAAACACAACAUGGCCCAGAGGGAGCAAUACUACGCCACCAUCAGGAAGGUGAACCAUAGAGACAAUCAGAGCGACACUGCUCCAGAAGAUGCUGAUGAUAUUUAUCCCUAUGCCACUUUUCCAUCGUCUAAUCAGGGAAAUCAAGAAUCCAGCCAUAUUCCCUUGAUGACAAUAUACCAAACUCAUAAUUACGAAAAGGACAAAACAUAUGGCGAAAGCAAGCAGAAGAGAGACAGCCGUGUCCCUGGCCAGAUGGUUAGUCGUGGCCGAAGUCGUAGCCACGGUGGAGGUGUUGACAGCGACGACUAUCAGAUGUUGGGUUCAGAGACCGAAACCGAACACGGCGGAGUCUCUUCAAGAACGGAAUCCUCCAACCAGCUGGACGACGUCCUGUCCAUACGAGACCAGUCGGUCUACAGCAGGGACUCGGUCUACUCUCGAGACAGUGCAAGAACCCUACCGGUCAAGGACCCAAGGGAUGUUGGGUUGAAGAAGGAAAGAGAGGGCACUGGAAACGCCGCCAGUCAGCAGGGAUUCCAGCAAAGGAUUCACCACAACCUGCUGUACCACGCCGAGUCGAGCACCUCCCCUGAACCCUCCCCCACCACUGAACGAAAGUCUUUCCUCCGUCACGCAAGAGCAAGGUCCCGUGUGACAGUGGAGGGCGUGAAGGCUGUGCUGGGAGGGCUCCAUGUGAAUGCAGCGGCAACGCCUCCUGCGGCCAUGCCUCCGUCCUACCCUGGGGUCGUGGGGCACCACCUCUCAGGGCGCCCCAGCCGCAGAGGCCGAAGCCAAGACCCGCCGGAGGUGAGUGAGGCGGAGUGUGAUCGCGACAUCCUUCCGCCCCCCCGAUGGUACAGUGACGCCAAGUUCAGAGGGCGGAAUUCGGUCGAUUACUCCAUCGACGUCUAAGAGAGAGACUCAAACAGAUGUGAAAUUAAUUUUGAUACGCAUGGAAGCUGCAGGCUUAUAAGUCAGUGUCUGAGACCUCCAUAUUUUUCAGUAAAUGUAACAACAUUGUUGUACGUAUUCAUUGUCUUUCCUUAAACUGUUGCCCUGUCUCAGUGUUAUAUUGAAGUUCAAGUGGAUCAAGUCUUUCUGACUAAACGAACUUCACUGUACAAACUUCAUUAGAUUGAGUACCGUUGGUUACAGUAUUGAAUUUUAUCGAGUCCAAAUUAGAUUUUUUUUCAGGAAGGCUCAAUUAAUUCUUAAAAUUACAUAAUUUUUCUUCAUCUAUCGUGACGGUCUGUCUGAUGACAAUAUUUUUCCAAUUAUUCUUGUGAUCUGUGACCUUUCAAAGCAGGAUCUUUGACAAAUAAUCAGUACAAAGCAAUAUGUUUUCGACAGUGAUUAAUGUAAUGGUGAUACGAAUGUUUCACAAUGUCUGCAAAACUGUUUUGUAUUUCGUAUCGUAAAUCUGACCAGUGAAUGCUGUCAACAACAAAAUGUUUAAUUCAGUUUGGCAAAUAUUAAGUCAGUGUACAGAUACAUAAUACGUGUGCUUUGUCAAUGUCUGUUUUUCCUAGUGACUCAUAACAAGGUUUACGUCUUUCAGUGUGUGAUCCCCGUUGCGAAAAAAAACAUCAAAACUUGCUUAAAGGUAAUUUUAUUUUGAAUUACAGUUAUCAUUACGUCUCUCUCUCUCU